AUGUCGCAGCCAAACCUCAUGGACGAUCCGCCGUCCUACGAAGCGGUGUCACCGAAACCAGACGCAAAAUCUACACAAGUCACCUCCAACGGCACUACAUCCGCCACAGUUCCGCCGCGCCGUCUGCGGCCACCACCUCCACUUGAUCUGCCCGCCUUGAGUCUGGUACGCAACAAGCGCAUAAUACUUGCCUCACAGUCACCCAGACGAAAACAACUACUGGCUCAGAUCGGUCUGACUAACAUUGAGAUCAUACCGUCGAAGUUCGAGGAGAAUCUACCCAAGACUGCAUCACCAUUCGAAUAUGUCCUUGCCACGGCGACCGCUAAGGCAAUGGCUGUCUAUCGCCAGGAGGCGGACGAUCCAAAGAAAGCAGAACCAGGGUUGAUUAUAGCAGCAGACACAGUAGUGGUGCACGCAAACGGGGACAUCUUAGAGAAGCCGCGCAGCGAGGUAGAUCACAUCACGAUGCUGAAGUCACUACGGGACAGCGGGUUCCACAGAGUCUACACGGCGGUUGCACUGAUGGCGCCGCUGGCCAGCGCGCGAGACCCGGGUUAUGCACUGGAGACCGCGACGGAGGAGACUCUGGUCAAGUUUGAUAGAGACCUCACAGACGAGCUACUGCUGGCGUAUGUGAGGACGAGAGAGGGGGCUGACAAGGCAGGUGGGUACGGGAUACAAGGGACAGGUGCGAUUUUGGUGGAGAAGAUAGAGGGCAGCUUCGACAACGUCGUCGGUCUGCCAUUGAGGGCAACGCUGAAGUUGAUAGAACAGAUCGUGGAGAAGGCGGAUGAUGAGGAUACGUUGGAGGGCGAGGCGGAAAUGCUCGGCACUGGUGGUGGGGGUGAAGACGACGAAUGA